CACGUCGAGUCGACACAUGCGGGAUAAUAAGCAGAUACAGCGGGGUGCACGGCGUGUGUUGUACGUGUCGGAUAAAUGAAAAGAAUUGUCCGCAAGUACAAAACGGAGUGUGCACUCCCAUUUUAGUCAAGGCCAGGCGGAAGGGCAGUGCAGACUGUUGGGCUGUCCGGUGAAGCAAACCCGCCAUGCGUGAAUACAAGCUAGUGGUGUUAGGCUCUGGAGGCGUGGGCAAGUCCGCUCUGACAGUUCAGUUUGUACAGGGAAUCUUUGUGGAAAAAUAUGACCCUACAAUAGAAGACUCGUACAGAAAGCAAGUGGAGGUAGAUGGGCAGCAAUGUAUGCUUGAAAUUCUUGACACAGCAGGCACAGAGCAGUUCACAGCAAUGAGGGACUUGUACAUGAAGAAUGGCCAAGGCUUCGCCCUGGUAUACUCCAUCACAGCACAGUCCACCUUUAACGACCUCCAGGACCUGAGAGAACAGAUUCUACGAGUAAAGGACACCGAGGAUGUGCCGAUGAUCCUGGUGGGGAACAAGUGCGACUUGGAGGAUGAGCGUGUGGUGGGAAAGGAACAGGGCCAGAACCUGGCCAGACAGUGGAACCACUGUGCCUUUUUAGAGUCCUCUGCUAAGUCAAAGAUCAACGUCCUCGAUAUCUUCUAUGACCUGGUCAGACAGAUAAAUAGGAAAACGCCAGUGGAAAAGAAGAAGGCGAAAAAGAAAUCCAAUUGUGUCCUGCUUUAAAGACUCCCCUCCAGCCCCUGCAGCAGCUCUGAGCCAGAAAUGCUGUAAUGAAGAACUGUUGCCCUGAUUGGAACGUGCCAGCAUUCCAACAGCCCCACCCCACACCCUUCCCCUCCCUCCAUCAGCCAUAAAUGGUGAAUCAGCUGACUGAACUGCUCCUAUCAAAGAAGAGGAUGAUCUACGCCAGAGAGAGAGAGAGAUAGACAGAGAGAGAGAGAGAGAGUAAAGAGAGAGAAAGAAAAGACCGUAAGGGAGAGAGAGAGAGAAGACUCUGGUCUCUCACCUCUGAGGACCUUCCUCUGUGUCUCCGUUUCAGUGUGAACCCUGAACGAACAGUCUCCAUUUUCUGCACCAACAAACACCACAAACUUAUGAUGAUGAUGUUAAAAAGCCUCUGAAAGUUUUAAAAAAAAGUGUCCAUGAGCUGCCUACAUGGCCAGAGUGCAGCCCCCUUAUUUUCAUUUUUUGACAGUUUAACAAAAAGAAAAAUAACAGCGUUAAAAAGAAGGAAAACAAAGUUAGAACUUGGAUUCAGUAUUUUUCAUCUUUUUCAAUAUCGUAUUUGAAAGACAUGGAAGUUGACCUCUUUUUAGUUGUAUGAUUAUAAAUAUUCUUCAAAUAUGAGCAUGACAAAAAUGCAUCAGUUAUUAAGUGUAGAUGUUUUCAAGUGAAAUCAAGUGGAAGAGUGAGAAUUUUUUUUUUUUUUUUAUAGCCAUACACCUAUUCUCCAUGCCUGUCAUGUCAGUGAUGAUAGAUCAAGGUCUAUAAUAUGUAUUAUUUUUAUUCUAUAUUUCUUUGUUCGCCCUGUUGUUCAUGGACUUCUCUUCUGCGAAUAUCUCUCUCUGAUGUGACUUAAUUUUAUACUCAGUCACUGGGAUUUCAUAGCUCCCAUAAUAUAUUCUAAUGCCAUUUUUUGCAUAAUAAUGCUUCAGAAAAAAAUGGGUCUUUUAUAGAAGAAAUAUGGGGAAAAUAAGGAUUGAUUUCUAUGUCUCUUGAAGCUGAAAUAUAUUAUACUAAACCAACUCUAAUAAUGCUUCUUGUGUUUUUCUGUCAAUGAUGUUCCAGCUUUUAUGGAUUAUUAAAGUACAUUUUAGUACAUUUUCAUUAUAUUGGUCAAUGUAUUUUUGUGAAUUAAACUUUUAUCCAAAGCGGA